CUUUUUGCACACACACGAAUACAAAGAGCCAUACGACCUUCGGGUAUCCUUUUUCCAUUUUUUUUCCCUCCUUAAUCUUGUGUGUGUUUUCAGAUUUUUAAAAAUAGCGAUCUGUAGCAGUGCUGGGAAUGUCUUACUACCCUAUCAGUUCAUCUGAUACAUUGCUCAAGGCUCAAAUGGAAGCUUUUAUUCUUUUCAGGUUUAACUGUGCCUUCCAGUGACUAUAAUGACAAGGAAGCUGUAAAUGUAUUUGAGUUAAGUUUUUGUGAGAAAUGCCGGAAGGUCCUUCUGAAUCCCUUCCCUGUUCCUUAGGUUGCACUAGUUGGGGGUUCCAUGCUGGGGGGCAGAAGGAACGCUCUCUACCCUCUAAAACCAUUCAUCAGGAAGGCCUUGAUUUGUGAUGUUCUAGGAGAGCACAGGAUCUGCAAAUAGAAGGCACCUGUCUCCCUUCUGCAGGCUGAGGAGAGGCCGCCGUGGACUGUGUGCUUCUUCAUGGCUUAUCUACUCUUCUUUCACAGACCCUACAGCUUGGGGCCUGGGCUCCUCUGACCAUCCUCAUUGAGAAAGGAAAGUGAGUCAAGAGAAGUCGAUGAUUCCUACCUAUUGGAGUGGCCCAGCAGUGUAAGCGUGGUUGUUACUGCCCCAUCCACCAUGUCCUUUAGUGCCACCAUUCUCUUCUCCCCUCCCAGUGGCAGUGAGGCCAGAUGCUGCUGCUGUGCCUGUAAGAGUGAGACUAAUGGAGGCAACACAGGCUCCCAGGGUGGGAAUCCUCCUCCUAGCACCCCCAUCACAGUGACUGGACAUGGCCUGGCUGUUCAGAGCUCAGAGCAGCUCCUGCAUAUUAUCUACCAACGGGUGGAUAAGGCAGUGGGUUUGGCCGAAGCUGCUCUGGGUCUUGCCAGAGCCAACAAUGAGUUGUUAAAACGUCUCCAGGAGGAAAUGGGUGAGCUGAGACAAGGGAAAGUGUCCACCCCUGAUGAAGACGGGGAAAGCCGGGCACAUAGUUCCCCACCUGAGGAGCCUGGGCCUCUCAAGGAAAGUCCCGGGGAAGCCUUUAAGGCUCUGUCUGCUGUGGAAGAGGAGUGUGACAGCGUGGGUAGCGGCGUGCAGGUGGUGAUUGAGGAGCUGCGGCAGCUGGGAGCAGCCUCAGUGGGGCCUGGGCCUUUGGGCUUCCCAGCAACUCAGAGGGACAUGCGGCUCCCGGGGUGCACACUGGCUGCCAGCGAGGGGGCCCCCCUGCUCAAUCCUCUGGUGGAUGAUUACGUGGCCUCUGAGGGUGCAGUACAGCGAGUUCUGGUCCCUGCUUAUGCCAAACAGCUCUCACCAGCCACACAACUGGCAAUCCAGCGGGCAACCUCAGAGACAGGACCAGAAAAUGGAACCAAGCUGCCACCACCCCGCCCUGAGGACAUGCUCAAUGCCACGGCUGCGCUGGACAGUGCCUUGGAAGAGUCAGGCCCUGGGAGUACUGGGGAGCUGAGACACUCUCUAGGGCUGACUGUUUCCCCAUGCAGGACCAGAGGAAGUGGGCAGAAGAACUCCAGGCGCAAGCGGGAUCUGGUACUCUCUAAACUGGUCCACAAUGUGCAUAACCACAUCACCAAUGACAAGAGAUUCAAUGGGUCUGAAAGCAUCAAGUCCUCUUGGAAUAUUUCAGUAGUGAAGUUUCUUCUGGAAAAGCUCAAGCAAGAGCUGGUGACCAGUCCCCACAAUUACACUGAUAAGGAGCUAAAAGGAGCCUGUGUGGCCUACUUCCUUACUAAGAGGCGUGAGUAUCGCAACUCCCUGAAUCCCUUUAAAGGCCUGAAGGAAAAAGAGGAGAAGAAACUUCGAAGUCGCCGAUAUCGGCUUUUUGCCAACCGAUCCAGUAUCAUGAGGCAUUUUGGACCUGAGGACCAACGUCUGUGGAAGGAUGUGACAGAGGAGCUGAUGUCAGAUGAAGAGGACAGUCUUAAUGAGCCAGGUGUGUGGGUGGCCCGCCCUCCCCGUUUCCGGGCCCAGCGCCUCACAGAGCUCUGCUACCACCUGGAUGCUAACUCUAAGCAUGGCACCAAAGCCAACCGUGUGUAUGGGCCUCCCUCAGACAGACUGCCUUCUGCUGAAGCCCAGCUCCUUCCACCAGAACUUUACAAUCCUAAUUUCCAAGAAGAGGAAGACGAGGGAGGGGAUGAGAAUGCACCUGUCUCCCCAUCUUUUGACCAACCCCACAAAACCUGCUGUCCUGACUUGAACUCAUUCAUUGAAAUCAAGGUGGAAAAGGAUGAAUAAAAUCUACAGCCAAGAAUAACUCUGGCUUCCGCUAUGCCCCAUGUCUCAGAAAUAGGUGGCCAUGGGGCUUCACAAAAUAAUGAGAUGCUCUGUGCAGUCUGAGAAAGCACAUUUGCCUCUUUUUUUUUUUUUUUUUAAACACAGUCUCUACUGGAAGUGGAAGCAGAACACUGGUGGGAUAAAAACUUAUCUAGAAGGGGAGAAACUCCCUCCUGUGUGAACAGUAAGCCAGAAAAUGUUUAUUCCUCAGCAUAAACAGUGUCUCAGAGAAGCCUGGGAUGAGAAAAGGAGGAGGAUGGGUCCAAGAAACAUGAGGCCUUCUUGACA